GAGAGAGAGAGAGCACAGGACAGAGAGAAAGAAAGAGAGAGAGAGAGAGAGGGUGUGUGUGUUUGAGACAGAGAGGGAGGGAGAGAGAGAGAGAAGCGUGGCCGUCUGAAAAAAAGAGGGGUGGAGACGCGCGUCAGGGCAGAGCAGAGGAGAACCUGGCGGCGGAGAGACUUUUCCCAGGCUUCAGUCGAGCGCCCAGCACCACGGCACUGCACUCCGCUCCGCUCAGCUGACGCACGCAGCAAGACUCUCGGCAGGCAGGGAGCCCGGAGCUGGACCCAGCGCACCAGGAGCAGAGACGCACUCAGCCCCAGAGCCCCAGAGCAGAAGCCCUCUCCUCCCCCACGCUCUCCCAGGAACACAGCCAUGGGAGAAGACGCCGUGAUGGCCGAGCGCAGCAGCAUGAUCAGCGCGCACGAGAGCCAGGAGCUGGUGGUGCCCAGCCCCAGCCCCACCCAGUCCUCCCCCACCCACAGCCUGUCUCAGCUGGGCAGCAGCGCCGGCCCCGAGGCUGGAGCUCCGAGCGCUCCGGGGAUGGUGGCACCGCCGUCGCCCACCGCUGGCGGCACUCUGCCCAGGGACGGCGUGUCCCCGACGGGCCAGGUGAACGCCAUCACGGUCCUGACGCUGCUGGACAAGCUGGUCAACAUGCUGGACCAGGUGCAGGAGAACCAGCACAAGAUGGAGCAGCGGCAGGCCGACAUGGAGGGGGCGGUGCGGGGCAUCCAGAACGACAUGACCAAGCUGUCCAAGAGCCACACGUCCACCUCCAACACGGUCAGCAAGCUGCUGGAGAAGAGCCGCAAGGUCAGCGUCCACAUGAAGGAGGUGAAGGACAAGAUGGACAAGCAGGCCUCGCAGGUCAAGAAGCUGGAGGCCAACCACUCGCACCUGCUCAAGAGGAACAACUUCAAAGUGCUCAUCUUCCAGGAGGAGAAUGAGAUCCCCUCCAGUGUGUUUGUGAAGGAGCCUCCUCCGUUCCCCCGCGAUGCGGAGGACAACCCAUCAGUGGAUGCCAACCGCUCCCAAGAGGAGGGCCUGCAGACCAUCAACCUGUCCUCGGACGAGGAGCUGGGCCUGGACGAGGAGGAGGACGAGAGCGUGGGCGCGCUGGAGCUCCAGGGGGAGCACCUGGAGAAGUCGCGCGCCGAGAAGAUCAAGCGCUCCAGCCUGAAGAAGGUGGACAGCCUGAAGAAGGCCUUCUCGCGCCACAACAUCGAGAAGAAGAUGAACAAGAUCGGCACCAAGAUCGUCUCGGUGGAGCAGCGCGAGAAGAUCAAGAAGAGCCUGACGCCCACGCACCCCAAGGGCUCGCCCUUCAAGGUCUCCCCGCUCACCUUCAGCCUCAAGAGGCACCGCGGCGGCGGCGGCGGGGGAGAGGCGGAUGCAGAGUCCAAGGCCACGGACGGCGAGCAGGGAGAGGACUCGCCCACUGCAGUGGCCUCCAUCGAGCUGGCGCCCAUCAGUCCAGGAGAGGACCUGCCCUUCACCGAGCUGCACCCUCAGCUGGCGCCGGACACCGAGGAGGUCAAGGCCGCCGUGGAGCCCAUGGAGAAGGAGGCGCUGGACCUCACGGCCUCUGGGGAGGAGGUCAGCGCGGAGUACGCGCUCUCCGCGACCCUGCCACAGGACGCCUCCGUGUGCAACGGCACUGAGGGAGAGGGGAAGGAGGAGGAGGAGGAGGAGGAGGAGGAAGAGAAGGAGGCGGUGGAGGCUGAUGUGGGGGAGAAGGAGGUGGCAGCGGUGGCAGCGGCCGCAGCGGCGGCAGCAGCAGCAGCAGCCGAGCAGGAGGAGCCAGAGGUGGACCGGGAGGUGAAGAACGCCGUGGCCAGCGAGCGUCCAGCGGAGGACGCAGGAGCUGAAGCAGCAGCAGCAGCGGUUCCUGAGGCUGUGGCCGUGCAGCAGGCGUCCUAAUAACCCCCCCAACACACACACACACACACACACACACACACACACACACACACACACACACACACACACACACACACACACACACACACACACACACAUACACACACACACACACA